AACUCUAUGUCGCUCACGGUCAGUCAGAUGGCUAGCCAGGUGGCCACGCCCACAUCCCUGCAGACCCCCACUACCUCCUCCUCCUCCACGUCUCUGUCCUCGCCUGCACUGCUCAGUCCUGACGAUGAGGAGCUGCUUGCAAAGCUCGAGGAACAAAACAGGCUUCUGGAGACAGACAGCAAGUCACUGCGCUCCAUGAAUGGCUCCCGGCGAAACAGCGGCUCCUCCCUGGUGUCCAGCUCAUCUGCCUCAUCCAACCUCUCCCACCUGGAGGAGGACACGUGGAUUCUGUGGGGAAGAAUAGUUAAUGAGUGGGAGGAUGUGCGCAAGAAGAAGGAGAAGCAGCUAAAGGAACUGGUGAGAAAAGGCAUUCCUCACCACUUUCGGGCCAUUGUGUGGCAGCUUCUGUGUAACGCCCAAAGCAUGCCUAUCAAAGACCAGUACUCAGAACUCCUGAAGAUGACAUCGCCGUGCGAGAAGCUGAUACGUAGGGAUAUUGCUCGCACGUAUCCUGAACAUGAGUUCUUCAAGGAGAAGGACAGUUUGGGUCAGGAAGUGCUCUUUAAUGUCAUGAAGGCUUACUCUCUGGUGGAUCGUGAGGUGGGCUACUGUCAGGGGAGUGCCUUCAUCGUGGGUUUGCUGCUCAUGCAGAUGCCAGAAGAGGAGGCGUUCUGCGUGUUUGUGAAGUUGAUGCAAGACUAUAAGUUACGAGAGCUCUUCAAACCCAGUAUGGCAGAACUGGGUCUUUGCAUGUACCAGUUUGAAUGCAUGAUCCAGGAGCAUCUCCCUGAGCUACAUAUGCAUUUCCAGGCCCAGAGCUUUCAUACCUCCAUGUAUGCCUCCUCCUGGUUCCUCACCAUCUUCCUCACCUCCUUUCCUUUGUCUGUCGCCACAAGGAUCUUCGAUAUAUUUAUGUGUGAGGGUUUAGAGAUUGUUUUCCGUGUUGGAUUGGCCAUCCUUCAGAUGAACCAGGUUGAGCUCAUCCGGCUUGACAUGGAGGGAAUGUUACAGCUCUUUCAGAGAGUCGUCCCACGUCAGUUUGACAGCGAGCCAGAUAAAGUCAUCCAGGCUGCGUAUCAAGUCAAAUACAACGCUAAGAAAAUGAAGAAGUUGGAGAAAGAAUACACUACAAUCAAAACAAAAGAAAUGGAAGAGCAGGUGGAAAUAAAGAGGUUGCGGACAGAGAACAGGCUUCUCAAACAGAGGAUAGACACGCUGGAAAAAGAAAGUGCUUCCUUGGCAGAUAGAUUGAUUCAGGGACAAGUAACCCGAGCUCAAGAGGCGGAGGAAAACUACCUGGUCAAGCGGGAGCUAGCCACAGUCAAACAGCAGUGCGAGGAGGCCAGUGCUCAGCUGGAGCAGGCCAGGAAAACCAUCAGGCAGCUUCAGCAGCAGCAGCAGCCACAAGCGAAGGGACCCCCUCGAUUCUCGGAGGAGUCCGUCCUGCAGCUGGAGCGAGAGCUUGUGCAGGCCCGACUGAAGGAGGCAGAGUCUCAGUGUGCUCUUAAAGAAAUGCAAGAUAAGAUCCUUGACAUGGAGAAGAGGAACUCCUCAUUACCUGAUGACACUAAUGUGGCACGAUUGCAAGAGGAGCUGAUCGGAGUGAAGCUGAGAGAAGCUGAGGCCGUGACUGGAUUGAAGGAGCUGAGGCAGCAUGUCAGAGACCUGGAGGAGCACUGGCAGCGCCACCUGUCUCGCAUUGCUGGUCGCUGGAAGGACAGCUCCAAGAAGAACACCUUGAGCGAGCUGCAGGACGAGCUGAUGAGCGUGAGGCUGCGUGAAGCUGAGGCUCAGGCAGAGCUGAGAGAAACACGGCAGAGGAUGCUGGAGCUGGAGACACAGAAUCAGAUUCACAGUAACCAGCUGCGGCGAGCAGAGCAGGAGAGUCGCAGUGUCCAGGUCCGUAUGGAGACUCUGACAGCACAAAACAAAGACCUGCAGGUGCAGCUGCAAGAGAUCAAGAGGAGACAAGCUGAGAUCGAGUGCAAGAGUAAGGAAGAGGUGAUGGCAGUGAGGCUGAGAGAAGCUGACAACAUUGCAGCUAUGGCUGAGCUCCAGCAGCAGAUCUCAGAGCUGGAGAUUCAGAAAGAAGAAGGAAAGGUCCAAGGCCAGCUGAACCACACAGACUCCAGCCAGUACAUCCGGGAUCUCCAAGACCAGAUCACAGAGCUGAAACAUGAGAUUUGCUGCUUGAGAGGACCGAGGGGCCUGAGCGGUCAGCCCACCUUUGAUGGGAUCCAUAUUGUCAAUCACUUCUUGGGGGGGGACGAGCCUUACCAGUCCUCGGACGACGAUGGAGCAAAGGACACCUCUGAGCUCCAGCACAGGAGCACCAGGCGGAUCAAACUGCACCCAAAGCUCGGGGGUACAGACAGCGAGGACGAGGACGGGGACGAGGACGGGGAGGCCCUCCGGCUCUCUGUGCCUCAGAGCGGCAGCCAGAAAUCCACCACUGUGUAA